GGGCCAGGCCGAUAUGAAUGUGGAAAAGUGCAUAGUGUUUGCUUUUGAACACUCCAAAGCAACAACUUCCAAGGAAACAAAUUCACUUUCCUCCAUUCGAAGAAGAAGAAGAAGAAAGUAAGAAAGUCUCACAGUCACAGGCAAUGUAUAUUCGUGUUAAGCGAAAUAAAACAACUUACUUCAUCCAAUGCGAGCCGACUGAGACUGUUUUAGAUAUUAAGCAGAAAUUACAUGUUCUUAUUGAUCAACCAGUUGAUGAUCAGCGUUUGAUUCUAUUCAGUAGUGGGCAUGUACUGGAGGAUGUGAAGACAUUGGCAGAUCAGAAGGUGGAAAAUGAUUCUGUCGUGGCACUUACUUUGAAGAAAGAUGAUAAUGAGUUUGAAGAUGUGAACAUUGCGCGGCCAACUGAUUUCUACCAAUCACGUGAUGCAGAGGGAGGCAGUUGGUGAGAAGACCAUUGCCUCAGCUUGUAAAUCCAACCAGCUGCAAUUGAAAGUGUUGAUUAGUUGUCAAGGCCAUGGGCUAUAAUACAUAUAUAUGAUUAAAUAAUAGAACAAUUCAAUGGAGGGUUUGUGGAUGAGUUAUUCAACUUGGGUUUCCAUUAUUUUACUUAAAUCAAUGAAAUAGCUGAAAUAUCUUGGAUUUGGAUUUUAAGCUACAUUUGUGCUGUAUGUACUGACUGACACCCCAUCUAAAGGCAUACCUUCCCUAUUCUUA